AGGAGGAGGAGAGGAAGACACUAUACAAACAAGAGGAAGAAGAGGAGGAACUGAAGAGAAGAGUGUCAAGAAAGAAGAAACAAGAGGAGGAGGAGUAAGAGUAGAGGUGGAGGAAGAAGAGGAAGAAGGAAGAGGAAGAGAGGAAGAAGAAGAAGAGGAGUUGGAUAUUGGUGAUGUUAAUGGCAAUGCUACGAGAGAAGGCGUACCCACACAAGCUCUCAGUGAAGUCCUCAGCGAUCCAGGAAGAUUCGCCUACUGCGGUCUUGUCACUGGUUCGCUCGUCAACCUCUUCUGCGACACCUCCCUCAGUACCACCACCACCACCACCACCGCCACCACGCCAGCCUCGCCAGAUGUAUCCAGUUCUGACUUCGACUUCGCCCUCUCCACCAUGAACAGGUUGGCGAGACACCUGGGAUUGCCGGAACAGGUGCGGCAGGUGAUGGAGAUGACUCUGCGUGGCCAGGUGGAGGCAGUUCUCUGAGGUCCUUCGUGCAAGUCCUGAAGGAGGAGACGCCCUUAGCACGCUCCAGGAUGCCAGUAGUGCAGGAUCUCGUCAUGUUCGCCGUGCAGGGAGGUUGCUAUGACGCCAGGAUUCGAGUCUUGAUCACCUAUGUCACGUGUCUCCUCCAUGUCAGUAUAGACCUGCUGGAGAUGUACGAGGAGAGUGUGCUGGAGUACUUGACGGUGGAAGAGGAGGAGGUACCCAUGACCGAGGAGGAGGAGAGGGAGGAGGCGCGGCGGCGGAAGUACAAGAAGAUCAAGAGAUACACAGCCAUCGGUCUAGCCACACUCGGGGGCGGCGCUGUGCUGGGCCUGACGGGGGGACUGGCCGCGCCCUUCAUUGGAGCAGGCCUUGGCACUAUCAUUGGUGCAGGAGGAGCAGCUGCCAUCUCGUCUACUGCUGGUGUGGCCGUGGUGGGGUCCAUGUUCGGGGCAGCGGGGGCAGGGCUCACAGGGUUCAAGAUGCAGAAGAGGAUAGGGGACGUGGAGGAGUUUGCGUUUGACUACCUGACUGACGGGAGCCACCUGCACAUCACCAUUGCUAUCUCCGGCUGGCUCACCAAGGAGGGCACCGAGGAGUUCAGCAAACCCUGGCUCAGGCUAUACCACUCCAGGGAACAGUACUGCCUCCGCUAUGAGUCUCAGUACCUGCUGGAGCUGGGCAAGGCCAUGGAUUACCUGCUGCAGUUUGCUCUCUCCAUGGCCGUGCAGGAGACACUCAAGUACACCAUUCUUGCAGGCAUCAUCUCUGCCAUCACCUGGCCCACCUCCCUCCUGACCCUGGCCUCGGUGAUUGACAACCCCUGGGGCGUGUGCUGCCGGCGGUCUGCCCAGGUGGGGAAGCAGCUGGCCGAGGUGUUGCUUCAGGGGCAGCAUGGCAGAAGACCUGUUACCCUCAUUGGCUUCUCCCUCGGUGCUCGCGUCAUCUAUUACUGCCUGCAGGAGCUGCACCGCAAGAAGAGCACUGCCAGCAUAGUGCAGGACGCCAUCAUGCUGGGCGCCCCCGUGCCAGGCUACCCCAAGGACUGGGAGAAGUUCCGUGGUGUCGGGCGCAUCAUUAACGGCUACUGUCAGGGGGACUGGCUGCUGCGUUUCCUGUACCGCUCCUCCUCCUGCAGCAUCAAGAUCGCAGGACUCAUGCCCGUCGAGUGGCAGGACCGCAGGAUGUUCAACUUUGACCUGUCUGAAAUUGUGACGGGCCACAUGGACUACGCCAAGAAGAUGGACGUCAUCCUUCACCUGCUGGGCAUCCGCACCCGUGACCCCCACAACUUGGACGACCCUCGGGUGAAGAAGAGUGCGUCAGAUUAUCCUGGCUUCUCCUCCUACCACGGGAAGAUGAACCUUCUCGACAAAUUCAACCCAGCAGCGAGGAACCUUAUCACUGCAGGGAAGGCGUAUCUCAAGGCGCUCCAUGGUGCCAUGUCGGCCUCGAAGAUCUACCUGGAGGCGCUGACGAAGGUGGCGCGGCACUCACAGCAGGGCACGUGGGGCGGCUCCUCGGACGUCGGAAUGUGUCUGAUGCAAAUGGUGGAUGUGUACAAGGAAGUGCAAGCCCAACAGAUGAACAUUCUGAAGGCCUUCUACGUGGACCUGCUGGUGCCUCUGGAGACCAACCUAGAUAAAGACACCAAAGUUCUGCAGUCUGAGCAGAAGAAAUUCCUAGCAGUACACAAACAGAAGCUGGACUCUUACACCAAGGCUUCCUCGCAACUCAAGAAACACAAGAAGAAGAACAGAGCGAACAAGGGAGCGAUGGACAAGGAAAUAAAGCAAUACCAGGCCGUUGAAGAGGAAAGAAUAAAACUGGAAGGCUUCGUGGAGUCAAGCCUGCAAAAUGCCGUGACACAAGAGAGAAGAAGAUAUGGUUUCAUCUUAGAGCGCCAGUGUUCCCUUGCCAAACAUUACCUUGCCUACCACUCCAGGGGCGCCUCUCUCCUGCAGCACGCCCACGAGAACUGGCAGGAGGUGGCCAAGACUCGUGAGGCGCUUCCUGACAGACUCCUUGCUAUGCUCCCCUCCGCCAGACCCAGAGACGAGGGCAUCUACUCCACACCGCUGUGCUUGGAGGAAGACGCCAUGUCCAUCAGUUCACAGGUUCGUAAGGCGCGGUCGAUGGACGCCUCCUGUCUCGAUCUGAGCGUUGGCGGGGAUGAGCCGCCCAGCCGACCACUGACCAGGGCGAGGUCUGAGUUCAACCUUGACCAUAAUCGCUUUACACCUGAUCCUACGGUGCUGCGGCGGUCCAUGGCCAUCCCUGAGGACUCCGGCAGGCGGGCCAUGGCCAGGGCGCUGUAUCCUUAUCUGCCCAGUGGAGAUAACCAGCUGUCCUUCAACGAAAUGGACCUUAUUGCCCUCAUUGGUGAGAAGAACAAGGGUUGGCAGUAUGGGGAGAACCUUCGCUCCCAGAGGUGUGGCUGGUUCCCUGUGGCCUAUACUGAGUUGCUGCAUGAGGAAGAUGACUCGGCCCUUGGUAGUUUCCACAGUUUACAACACGCACGCACCCGCAGUACUGUAACAGACCCCUCCUGCUUCGGCCCCUCCUCCCUGCCCCCCUCCAUUGAGUAUAGGGGUCUGCACCAGGGGGCGGAGGUAGGUGCCGCCCCCCACUUGCCAGGCCCAGCGCCCCCCCACCACCAGCACCACCCUCGCGCCCACCAGAAGCAUAGAUCUGUGAGUGCUGGUGGCGUGCAGUUCCGAGCCACAAGUCCCCCCUCCGCCGCCCAUGCCCGUGCCUCCGCCUCUUCUACCACGGCCCUUCCAGUCCCAAAUGAGUCCAAUACGCGUGCUGCCGCCCCAUCCAAACCACAUGUGACCCCCUCCCCCUCUCUAGACACCCUGCACUCCUCCACCUCCACCUCCACCACGGCCUCGUCCACCAACACCGUCCUGUACAACCACUACCACAUCCACCACCCGCCUCAUCCACCUCGCGUCCCGGCGCCCACUCUUAAAAAGUCACCCAGUUUGCAUAGCCACAGUCACUCCACCUCUCCACCUCGCUCCACCUCUUCCGGGCUGACGAGGUCUUACACUACUGUGGCCUCCUCUUCCACCUCCUCCACCACCUCCUCCUCGCACGCCUCCACUCGCUACCACAAGAGGGGGAGUGGUAACGCUUCCUUCCACUCCAGCGAUGAUAGUGGAUUUAGUAAUGAGAGUGGAGUGGGUAGUCACCGCCCUCCACCUAACCCCGAGGUGGAUUACUCUGAUGAUGAUAACUCCAGUGGGACGGACCAAGACCACUGUAGGAACACUCUAAGCUCGCGAUGGCUUUGGUCUGCCUCCUCUCUGAACUGCGACAGCAUGGCAGGAGGCACGGAGAGCAGGGAGGGCACGUGCUUCACCCCCUGCACAUCCACCACCUACACCAGCAGCAGCAGAAGCACGGAUAACAUGACGCUGCCUUCAGGGAAAAGCAAGGACAGACGCAGACACCCUUCCCUUCCGUCCCUCGCGUCUUUCUCCGAUCACUUCGUCACCGUGGCACGUAGGAAGGCGAAACCAAAGUCCCCCUGUGCCCAGAAGAUCCUGGCGCAGAGGGAGCGAGGCAGGAGGACCCUUAGAAGGAGCUCCUCCCUGCUGUGUCUCGGCAUGGAGUCCUGCGUGGGUCUGGACGAGUUGGUGGCUGCUGACUACGAGGAGUUGCCGAGCGGGGACUGGAAACACACCUCGAAAAUUGAUCUUCUAGUUGGAAUACCCGAGCCGCCGCCUUAUGAUCCACCCCCACCACCCACUCCACCCCCCAACUCAUCCACCAGCUCCCAGUCCACGCCUUCCAAUACACCACGCCCCCCCAUGCCUCUGCCCACCCAGGACGCGCCAGCCUCCUCCGUGCAUCCCAAGACAUCGUUUAGUGAAGUGUCUCAGAAGUCCUCCAGCGGGAACAGCACAGGGAGCGAGGAGGAGGAGGAGGAGGAGGUGUACAUGGUAGUGAGGGACCAUCGCAGAGAGAUGACCAAGACCAUCACACGAGCACACACCAGGAAGCAAGUGUGUCGCUCCCUCACCUGGGCCUCCCCGACUCCCCGCUCCAGCUCCUCACCUCCCACAGCAUCCCGCACCCACGCCAGGACCACCGGCAGCAAGGACAGGCUCUCUAAGGACGCCACCACGCCGCAGAGACACGCCACCCCCGCCAGACACCAACCAACCCGCGCUGCAACAGUCCGCCUGCAAACCAGACCUCGACAGAUUGAACGGCGCGUCACUUACCUGGACACGCCGCCCCCCUCGCUGAGAAAGAAGCCUCCCCGCCCCCCGCAGCCCGUCCCUGUGUCCAUGCCCUCCCAGCAGUCCUACAACGGCCACCUCAAUAUUCUCAACUACAGUGACUUUAUGAACAGACGCCUCAAGUUUCCUGAAGGCGCCUCGCGUCUCGACCGCCACUCCCUCACCACCGGCCAGCUCUGUGGGCCCUGGUACGACCUUUGGGGGGACGACCCUUCCUGCGACGUGUGAAGGACCUCAAGGACACAGUAAAGGAGUGAUGGGAUUCCUGCGACACUUCCCUGCGUAUAGAUGUUGAAGGAUACAAAGAACUUAGUAGGAAUCCUGACUUCUUAUUGAUAUCUGAAGGAGGCGCCGUAGGAAACAGUAUAGGAGACUAAGGAUUCCUAUGACCUUUUUUUCUACGUGAUGUUGAAGGAUACAAGGACCUUUAAUAGGAGUCCUGACCUGUGCUGACCUGUCCUAUGAUGUCUACAGGAUGCACCGAAGGAUAUGCCACUGGUAGGAUCUCUAACACACUUUUCUGACGUGGUGAAGGAUAGAAGGACUGUGAAAGGAAUCCUGACUGACUGUUGGUGUCUGAAGGAAGCCCCGCACAGGACCCUUAGGACUUUUACCCAAUGGAGGAGGCAGUGAAGGAUACGAGAAGAUGAAAUAGUAACCCUGAAAUCCUGUAAUGCCUGAAGGAUGUCUGAAGGAUACAAGGAACCCUCUUAUUAUUUUUAUUAUUAUUAUUAUUAUUAUUAUUAUUAUUAUUAUUAUUAUUGUUCAUUUUGUUUUGCAUGUUGUAUGUUGCAAGUUCCGUGUGUGUGUGUGUGUGUGUGUGUGUGUGUGUGUGUGUGUGUGUGUGUGUGUGUGUGUGUAGCAUGUAUGUGUACCUUUACUGUGCCUUCAUGUGCGUUUUUUCAUGUACGUGUGUAUGUAUGUAUGUAUAUCUGUGUGCUUUUCUGUACUUACACAGUGCUUGCUUUUGAUGUGUGUAUAUUGUUUGCACGUACAUGAGAGAGAGAGAGAGAGAGAGAGAGAGAGAGAGAGAGAGAGAGAGAGAGAGAGAGAGAGAGAGAGAGAGAGGAGUGACAUGAUAUUCUUCUCUUAACUUUGUCUUAAAAUGAUAGGAAGGAAGAAAGAGAAGAAGGAGGAGAAGAAGAAGAAGAAGAAGAUGAGGAGGAGGAGAAGGAGGAGGAAAAAGUAUAAUUUCUAAUCUUUCUUAAAUAAGUAACUCGAUAUAUUUCAACACAUUUACUUUACUUACCAAUUACUUAACUGAAUUACAUAACCCAAUUACUUAACCCAUUUGCGAGAUAGUAAGUCCUCAAUCCUCGUUUUCUUUGAUUUUCUUCCGUUUUCUUUCGUUUUCUUUCCUUUCAAUGACGUUCCAAUAAUUUUUUGUGUUUUUUAUUGACGGACAGCCAAUACCUUCUAAAAAUACACUUUAAAAUGGUACUUCGGCUGUUUGUGUAUGCGUGUGUGCGUGUGCUAGUGUGUGUGUGUGUGUGUGUGUGUGUGUGUGUGUGUGUGUGUGUGUUCCUAAUUCCCUUGUAUUGCAGGCUACCCACAACCACAACAACAACAACUACAACUACCACCACUACCACCACCACCAUAACUAUCCCAUCCACCACCACCAUCACAACCCCAUCCACCACCACCACCACCACCACCGCCGCCACCACCACCACUCCUUCCACCUCCUCCAAACCCAUCCUUUCCACCUCCUCCUCCGUGAAGAAGAAGGAGAAGAAGAGCAGAUAGCUGAGUGUGGAGGAGACUCAGCACACCUCCUCCUCCUCCUCCUCCUCCUCAGUGCUGACUGCUAAAGUGUUCUCCGGGACCUUCUAGCACUCAGCACCUCAGCUCACCACUCAGCACUAAGCUUCGUCUGCUAAAUGUAGCGAAUUUUUUUUUUUUUUUUAUUGAUUUAUUCUUCAUUUAUUCAUAGUGGAGUGGACGUUUCGAAAAGGGAUUAUUAUUUUAUUAUUAUUAUUAUUAUUAUUAUUAUUAUUAUUAUUAUUACCUGAUGUGGAAACUCAAGACAACCUAACUCCUGUGUAUUUUCUUAUAUAUUUGAUAGAUUGAUAGAUUUUCUUUUCAUAUAUUUGAAAAAGACUUGUAUUAUAAGUAUAUAUUUUUUAUUUCUCUCAUAACUCGAGCAAUAUUAUCAUUUUAACUUAUUUAUUUUUGACUUGAAUGCACUAAAACAACAAAGUUUAUAUACAUUAUUAUUAUUAUUAUUAUUAUUAUUAUUAUUAUUAUUAUUAUUAUUAUUGAUGACUAACUAUUGCUGUUAUUAUUUAUUUUGUUUAGGAGCGUGCAUCAUUACUAACCUGUACAUUAUCAUCGUGAAUGGCUUAUGGUAAACUUUUCAUUUAUCAUUAUUAUCAUUAUUUACAAUACCUACUUUAUCUUUAUUCAAAUGUUCUGUGUUACUAACUCAUUUUAUUUUUCCAUGUAAUAAUAAUCCUGUUAUCUAUUUAUUGUUAUCAUUAUUUUUAUCAUUCAGUCUAUGUAUAUUGUCCUUAUCAAACUGUACAUUAACUCUUAAGUGUAAACAAAAUGUAAUUCACUAUCCGGCCAUACCAGAAUUAUUUGGAAUUACAACAAUCACAUAAUUACUAAUAACAAGAUAUACUCAGAUGAUUAAUUAAUGAAAGAAGAAAAAAGGACUGAUUAGAGAAUUAUUUGGAAUUGUAACAGUCACAUAAUUACUAAUAAGAAAAUGUAGUCAGAUGAUUAAUUAGUGAAUGAAAAAAGGGACUGAUUUGAGGGCGUGACUUUAACGAGUGAUCAAAAUGCCAACUAUUCAAUUAUCUGCUGCAACACGGAAAGAUAAGCAAAAUGUGAUAACUUUUAUUUCAUUUAUUUUCGUUUUAUGCAAGAGGGAAAACCGGCUAAGGGCAACAAAAAUUAAAAAGAAGAAAAAAAGGCCCACUUGAAUGCCAGUCCCCUUAAAGAUCAAAAAAAGAAAUAGCCAACUGUGUGGACCAAAUGUCUUGAAAGUUACGCUGCUGUUACUCUUGUUAGUGUUCAAAGCGAGGUGAUUAGUAGCAGAAGCAGUCAAAGCACGCAGGUCUUGAUUGGAUUGGAUUGCAUUUUCUCAUUAGGCGCCGCAACAUGAAGGGUCAUCUGGCGCUACGCAGGUCUUGAAGUCAACGAGUAUGUGUGUCGCUAAUCACCACUUCUAACGAGGAGGAGGCGGUUAAUUGUUGUGUUUUGUCUUGAGUGAUGCUAACUUGGUGUAAUGAACGAGCAGAUUUUUAGAAUUGUGUAAGUAUUGUGAAGCAACGAGCGGUUAUGUCGUUAAUGAUCACUGCUAACGAGGCGACAAUGCAUUCUGAUUAACGAGUCACGGCAAUUAUUCGGCUGUACAAGUUAUCAAGUGGUUUUGUCGUUAAUUAGCGCUUUUAACGAGGAGAAAAACAUGAAAUAUCGUUGUUUAUGUCUCGCUGUGUUAACUUUCACUGAUUAACGACAGACACGUUAAUAAUUCGGUUAUUCAGAUCAACCAGUGAAUUUAUCGUUAACCACUCCUUAUAACGAGCCACUGGACAGCUCCGUGUAUAUGUGGUGAUGGUGUGUUGUUGUUGUUGAUUAAUUUAUUGCGCCCUUGGUGUCAUACAAUGAAAAUUAUGGGAACCAAUCAUCAAAAUUACAGCAAAAAGUUACACACACACACACACACACACACACACACACACACACACACACACACACACACACACACACACACAGUGACGAGUGAUUCACCCCUUCAUUACUCGGACGCAUUGCUACCUUGAGUUUGAGUGUGAUUAGACCAUUAUUUUUUUUUUUUCUACAUCAGGAAGGGUCAAUGGAGGUCAGAAGAUUAAUAGCCAGAGUCUUCACUAUUUUAACCCCUUCAAUACAGGGACACAUUUCCACCUUGG